AGUUAAAUGAUAAAAACGAAAGCUUAACAUUAACAUGAAUAGUAAAUUAGAAGGCCAAGAAAAAUAGCAACCUAAGGUUUACGAUGUAAACGGCGACGUUUGAGAUAUGGGGCUCAAACUCUAGGCUAGAAAAAUCGCUCACCUCCUCCAUGUCAUCCCUCUCGUCGCUCUGUACCCAUUUUUCUUUACUUCCAAAACAUCCCAUGGCCCCAGAGAAGGACAAAGCCCCUCCUCCUUCAUCUAAGCCAGCCAAGUCUGGAGGUGGAAAGCAGAAGAAGAAGAAGUGGAGUAAGGGAAAGCAAAAGGAGAAGGUGAACAACAUGGUCCUGUUUGACCAAGCUACCUAUGACAAGCUUCUCUCUGAAGCUCCUAAAUACAAGCUUAUCACUCCUUCAAUACUCUCUGAUCGUAUGAGGAUUAAUGGAUCACUUGCAAGGAAGGCGAUACGGGAGUUGAUGGCAAGAGGGUUGAUUAGGUUGGUCUCUGCGCAUUCAAGCCAGCAGAUUUACACUAGGGCAACAAACACCUAGAUCUUUAGUUAUAUUUUUGCUUAAUUAGUUCUAAGAAGUAUUGCCAUGGUUGAGUUUUGACUUGGAUAAAUGAUUUUCCCCCCUUCAAAUUUGGUUUAAAACUUCUCUUUCUACUUUUUCUAGAAUGAUUUAAUGGUUGAAUUUCAGCUGCUUUGGCCA